GCGCUCGGGACGGCACGGCAAACGAUCGACGACAUCGACAGCGACAACGACGUCGCAUGGACUCCGUGCGCGAUUUUCAUUCACUUUUCAUACAACUUCUCGCUCAGUUCUUCAAGUGCACGAACACCUCUACAGCUACCGAUACCGCUACUGAGACCGACACCGAGACCGAGACGAUUACGGAUACGGAUACGGGUACGAGACCCAUCCAAUAACUACGACCCAAUCGGGCACCGGGCCCGGCAGUUUCCCUGCUUAACUGUUGGGCAGUUCGACAGGCCAGUCCAGCGGACGGACGGACGGACGGCAGUUAGUCGAAAAGAAAAGAAACAAAUAAUUAAUAAUCGUAAAAGUUUGCUAUUGGCUGGAAAAUUCAGAAACGUCGCGUUGUCACGUAAUGACCAUUAAAUCGAAUUUCAUAAUUAAAUCUUUGGAAUAUCGGUGAGCGAAAAGUUGUCGCAGUUUUCCACAGCUUUUCCUCAAAAUUUUGGCAACCAAAAAGUAAAUCUCAGCAGCCGCAAAAAAUGGAGCCCACCGACAGUAAACGCUCCAAAAAAGGACGCAAAUCGCGACCUGUACAGGCCCCAAUCGAACAGGAACUGCCACAGGAACAGGCACAGGCACAGGCACAGGAACAACAGCAGCAUCAUCAUCCCUGGGAUGAAGGACGAGCAGCACGGACAACACCCAGUCCGAAUAGGGCCAUUGCCAGCACGGGCACAGCACUGACCCGAUUCCUGACCUGUAUGGCACCAGUGAUUGUGUCGCUACCCGGCUCCGCACCUGGAUCUGGAGCUGAGCAGCCGACCAUUCUGCUGAUCAACGGCAUCGCCGACGAUUCCCAACUGCAGGACAGGCAGAGCAAGGCCGCCGCCCUGAGGUUGGCCCUCGAGAGCAACAACCACCACAGUGAAGCCAACUCCUCGCUGGGCAGCCAUCCCGUGCUGUCAGUGCCCACCACUCCGGGAGGGUCGCAUCUGCUGGACUUUGAGUCCCACCUCAUCGAGAACGUUGUGGGCCAGGGCAGCGGAGUGGGCAUCAGGGAGCUGACGCCCUUUGAGCAGGAGCUGCAGCAGGGCACAUCCAAGGUCGGGACAGACGAUGCCGCGUCUGUGAUCGAGGUGGAACCAGCCGGGGCCAAGACCAAGCAGGCCAUUCAGACUCUAGCGCCGCCGCAUCAAAUCGCCGAGGUAGACGAGACGGCCACCCCGUCGGAGGCAGUGCGUCGGACCGCCGAGCAGCUGGUCGAUGAGAUCGAGCAGGCCCUGCAACAAAUCCCCAAGGUAGACGAGACGGCCCCCCCUUCGGAGCUAGUGCGUCGCACCGCCGAGCAGCUGGUGGAUGAGAUCGAGCGCGAGCUAAUUGAAACCCUGAGCAAAGAUGUAGACGAGGCCAAGACUGAGCACGACAGUCAGGUGAAGCGCGAUCGCGACGAGCUCAGCUCGCUAUCCCAGCAGGUGGAGGUGCAGCUGAACGAGCUGACCAGCAUCCUCAAGAACAAGCCGCAGGCGGAGAUUGUGUUGGAGCUGCCGGAGCCGGAGGAGGAGCCCAGGCCACUGAGACACGCAGCCAACGAGCUAAAGCUCGUGGAGGUGCCCACGCCCAAGACCGAGGCCGAGGAACAGCAGCGGAAGGAGUUUAUCGACUCGCUGCCACAAAUCGAACAGAACGCGGCAGGGGAGACCGAGACGGAUGCCCAACGACUCUCAGCGGACUGCAAAAGGGAGUAUUAUCAGUCGCUGAAGAAGUAUCUGCUGCACAGCAGCCAGGACAAGCCGCCAAUUCCGCUCCAGACCUAUCGCUGGGAGGAUCUUCGACGAGCCAGAGAGCGGGGCGGCUAUCCGUGGACGCAUCUGUACAAGCGUCCCCUGGGACCCGACGAGCAGCCGGAGAUUGUGCUGCUCCUGCGCAAGUCCCAGGAGCUGCGAUUCAAGUCCGAAUCGCCCAAGUCCCUGAAGAAGGUGCGCUACGACGAGCAGGUGCUGGUCAAGGAGACCGAGCGCUAUAUACAGGACCUCUCCGAGGACGAGGCGCUAGCCCACACCUCCGAGGACAGCAGCGAGGAGUCCGACUCGGAGGCCGAGUCCGAGUCAGAGCGCGAGACCCACAACGAGGACGCCCUCAGCGAGUGCAUCUCCUGUGUGUCCGACUCUGUGCUCGCCGUCGGAGGCCACAACAAGCCGCGCAAGACCAGUCGCCUGGCCCACAUCCGCGACAUCAUCCGGCGCAGGCGCAGCGGACGCACCCACGAGGACGCCCAGUCGCUGCCAGGCACCUCUGCCAAUCCCAGCCGGCAGAACAGCCUCCACGAACUAGCCCCGCCGCCGGGAUCUCUUAUCCCGAAUACAGAGAAGCCCCCGAAGAGCUCCAAACCGAAGGCCAAGCAGAGCUUCGACAUCAUGAAGAAGCUGAAGAGUCUGGCCGAGAGGCAGAAGAAGCGCCUGAACAUCAAGCGCAUCACCCUGAAGAAGGACGAGAAGAUCGUCUUGGGCGAGCAGCAGAAGAUCAUGAAGCUGAAGGCCUCGCCCAAGUCGGACCGCGGCGAGAUUCCGCACUUUAUCGAAAAACAGGACUCGGACGACAUCCUCGAGCUGGUCGAGUACGAUGAGUCGCCCUGUCGCAAGCGCAACAAGGAGGAGCUCGAGCAGGAGCAGCGCGAGGAUAUGCCCAGCACCAGUGCGGCAGCAGGGAGUGUCCCCCAGCCGGAUGAGAUCAUUGAGCUGCCCGUGGCAAAGACUGAGACCGAUGCACCCGCUCUGGAGGUCACAGAGCCGCAGGAGGAGAAAAUUGAAGAUGGGACAACUGCGGAUGGCGAUGGCACAGAGUCUCCUCCCAAGAAGACCCCACGACUCCGUCGGGAGCAUGUCUAUGAGGAGAUUGGGCACCAAACACCCGAACUGGUGGAUCAGCAGUCCAUCAUUGAGCUGGACGCCCUCAAAAAGUCGCUGACGCGUCAGGACCAUAUGGCCAUCGAUGACAUUGAGGCCGCCAAGGCAGUACCCCUGGAUCGCAUGGGCAGCAGUGAGGAGGAGCAGGUGGCCUCGGCGGUUGCCGGUUCCGGCAAGUCUGGAGCCCUCCUGGCCCCGCUCUCCUCCAUAGACUCGACCUCGUCGGACGAGGAGCGAGCCCGCCUGGCACAGCUGUCACCCGUGGCCGAGGAGAGCGACAUCGAGCCGAUGGAGGUCGCCGACCUGCGUCCCGCGCUCAAGAAGGAAGCCUCGCCGGCGCCUUCGGACAAGAAGGUGACCUUCUCGCAUGUGGAAGACGAGGCCGAGCCCCAUCGCGAGGACAUCGAGCUGCCCGAAGCCGUGCUAGAGGCAGCCGCCAAUGCGGCCAAAUGGAAGAGCGAGAGUGAUCAUGAAUACGAGCCCGUGGGCGUGUCGCCGGCACACGAAUCCUCGCCAGCGCCAGCGCUAGUGCCAGCGCACGCCCUCUCUGAGCUGCAGGUGCCGAUGGACAUCGACAGCUCGGCAGGAACAACGCCCCGAACCGAAUCUCGCACCGACUACGAAAUACACACCAGCCAGGUGGACUCGAGCGCCCUCGAGGAGCUGCCGCUGCAGCCGGAGAACCGCAAGAAGAGCUUCAUGGCCAGCGCCCAGGACCGCACCAAGAAGAUGCAGGACGGUCUGCGACAGCAGGCGGGAAAGCUGCGCACCAAGCUCCGCAGCAGCCAGCAGGCCAAGCCCAAGCCGAUCUCGGGCAGCCCCAAGGCCAAGGCCAAGGAACGCAGGCGCUUCAAGGCGCCCGAAUUCUCCAAGAUGAAGAUGCCCGAGAUCAAGCGACCCGACAUGUCCAAGUUCAGGGAACUCAAGCGACCGGAAUUCACAAAAUUCAACAAACCGGACAUGUCCAAGUUCAAACUGCCGGAGAAGUUCUCCACGCUGAAGCUGCGACGCAGCAAGAGCUUCAAGGAGAACGAGAGCGAGCUCACGUCCGAGGAGCCACAGGCCACCAGUGCAGAGGCAGGAGGAGGGGUCGAGGCCCCUGCUCAGCCUGCGCCCAAGAAGAAAUUCGAGUUCAACUUUGGCACCUAUCCGCGCGCCUUCCGCAAAAAGAAGCCCACAGAGGAGCCACCACCACCGCCCGCUUUGGAGUCGUCGCUGGGCACAGAGGGUCUGAGCGUGAUCCCCAGCACCGAGACGCAGCCGUCGCAGACCUCCACAAGCUCCCCGCAAGGAGAUCGUGGUCCUGGUCCGGUGCGAUCCCGCUGGGCGGACAAGUUCUCGGAUGUGAGCUACAACGACAGCGAGGGAUCGCGGUACAGGCGCUACGGCAGCGAGCUAGAGAGCUUCGACCGCGAGUCCUCGCUGGAGCGACGCAUGAAGGAGGACCUGGAGGGGACCGAGGACACGGCCAGCGAGGCCCAGCAGCCCCAGACGAUGGGAAUUCUGGGCGUGGUGGCCGACAGCAAACAGUUUGCGGAGUUCGAUGAGGAGAACCGGGCCAUCCACGAGAUCUCCAGCAAGCGGUCGCGCGAGUUCAAGCGGCGCCCGAUGGUGCAUCAGGACUCCGAUUUGCGCUCGGAGGACAGUCGCGAUGCCGAGGGCUGGACCGAGAAGGACAUACAGAAGAACAAGCUGCUGCGCAAGGCGGAGCUAGAGGCGGAGGCUGGCUACCACAAGUACUACGACAGCCACUCCACGGCCAGUUCAGGCAAGAAGGUGGUAAUGGAGCCCAUCGACGACGACGAGUUCUUCCUGCGCAAGCGCGGCAUCUCCGAGGAUAACAUCCAGCUGCGGCAGUACAUAAGCGCCGCCAUUCGCGAGGGUUACGACACGCCCAAUGCCCUCCAGCAUGUAGGCUACUCCGCAGAUCCUGUCCCCGGCGAGUACGGAGACUUCGAGGCACCGCCGGCAAAGCCCCGGCGCCUGCAUCGCAACUAUAGGCCGGACAUUGACGACUCGCAGGAGUUCCAGCGCAGCGACUACGGCGACGAUCUGUCCAUGUCCCAGAAUGGCAGUGACUUCACCCCUAAGAGACCUCUGCGCAAGGCUCGCAGCCGCAGCCACAGCAAGCUAUCAGUGGACGGCAGCCAGGACAUGCACAUGGCUGAUGGGGGCAGCAGCAUCCAGUACUUUGACGACGAUGAGGAGUACCUCAGGCCACCGAUGCGGGAUCAGCAGAUCACCGAAUUGGAGAAGGAAGCAGCGGCGAUGGAGAAGGCAGGACCACAGGCCCUACCGCUGGCCCCGAGGCGCCACAAGAAACGCACACGCGAUGAUGCAUCCGUUGAGAAGGAUGCGGACUCGUUCUUUAAUGGCUUUGGUGGUAGAUCAGUAUCGAAUACCUUUUUGCAGCCACACGAAGAUGUAAUUGUUUAUCGCACUGAGCACGAAUAUCGUCACAUACCGCUAGCCACGCCCGACAACUUCACGGAUGGCGCGUCCGUGCGUACACCCCGUUCCGAGGACGACAGGACAUCGCGCGGUGCCGACUCCCUGGUCCUGGACAUGAAGACAAAGCCCGAAAUGGGGGAGGACAACGAGGAAGGAGUAUCCAGAACCAAGAGCGACGAGAGGUUCGUCAUCGACAUGUUGGAGAGCGACGGCUAUGCGGUGGUGCGCAAGGAGCCCCUGCCCAAGCCCACGCCCCCGGCGCGCAGGAAGAAGUUCACCCGAUCGCCCGGCGAGCGAUUCGCGACGCUACCCAGCAUCCGCGGCUCACGCGGAUCCCCACCACCGGCCCGGCCACCGCCGCCACAGCAGUAUAUACCCAUGGAGGACUCGCCGCUGGUGCCACGCCGCAGAUCGGCGGCCAGUCUGGACGAGAUCCCCCAGAUGAUGAUCAAGUCGAACUACGAGACCCAGCCGCAGAAGCAGCAGCAGCCCGAGAAGCAACAGGCACAGCAGCAGCAGCAGGAGGAGGAGGAUGACUACGAGGAGCCUGGAGCCCUAGAGCGUCCCGAGUCCCCACGCUCCAAUCUCCAGUCUGGCGAGGUCAUCAACAAAAUGAAGUUCCGACCACUGCCGGCGCCACCGCGUCCACCGCGCGAGAAGCGCUCCACGCGUGCUGGCAGCAAUGCCCUCGACAGCUACGAGGACAGCGAACAGGUGGCCAGUUCCAUCCAAGCGGACAGCUACGACCAGGGGGAGUUCGAGGUGGAAGUGUCCACACAGACGGACCCGCUGCCCGACGACUUUGUGUGCGAGGAGUUCGAGAUCACCGAGGACAUGAAGAUCAUUGAGCCUCGACGAGCCAACGCCCAGGGAUCCGACGGAUCGGCCAGCAAGACCCUCGAGGAUCUGCUGCGUAGCGUCGAGACGCAGGAGCCCCAGGACGAGGUGGACGGCGUCCGUGUGCUAACAGAGGACGAGCAGUUGGCCAAGGGCCUGCAGCGCUUCAGGGAUGCAAAUCAACGGAGCAUGUCGGAGCGCUCUCGGGCCUCCUCUCAGGCGGACCGUUCCAAGUCUCUGAGUCGUCCCCAGACGCCGUCCUCGGCGGUGGUUAUCGAGCGACGCGUCCCCACGCCCAGUCUGGUGGCUGGCGAGGAGCAGGAUGCCACUGUCCAAGCCUCGCUGAUAGUGCGACCCAUCAGUGCCGCCGAUCUGGCGGAUGACGAGCUUCGGCGCGAGGAGGAGGAGCUGCGGCGGGAGGGUCUGCUCUCGGACAGCUCGGUACAGAGCAAAUCCGAUGUGGAGGAAGAGGAGCACGGAGAGGUGGCCUUGAGCGACUAUGCGGCCAGUUCAGCGGAUCUGGAUGCGGCGGUGGAGCAGCUGCAGCAGGCCCAGCUGGAAAGCGACUACGAGAGCCGGCUGGAGGACGACGAGGUAGAGCGUACCCUUAGGGACAGUGAGUACGAGGAGGAAGAGGAUGCCGGAGAGAAGUACUCGGAUCAGUAUGACGAGGAGGAGGAGGAAGAUGAAGAAGCACGGCUGGUGAGGGAGCUCAGGGAGCAGGAACUGGACGAGGCCCUCGAAAAGGAGCUGCAAGAGGCCAUGGAAAAGGAGCUGUCCGACUACAGGCAAAAGGAGAAGGGCACGCUGUCGGAUGAAGAGGAACACGCUCCCUCCGAGAUCGAGUACCGACACUCUGAAGAUGAGGAGAAACCACAAUCUGAGACAGAAACCAUUGCCGUGGAGAUACCCAUCCGGAAGACCACCGCCAGCGAACCCACCGAGGCCGAAGUUACGCCCAAAUUUGUGGCCACUCUGCCCACCGAACCCGCUUACGGCCACGACGAGCUGGAUGUCGAGGAGCCGGAAGAUAUGCCCCUGCCACCGCCACGUCGCAAGUCAACCACAGCCAUCGAGCCCCCCACCGUAGCAGCAGCAGCCACCACUCUGACGAUUGCCGAGCAAUCAGCCCGCGAGCUCACGCCAAUCCAGUCCCUGCAAUCCCCGCCAGAGCCGCAGGUUCCCACUCGCCUGGCCGAGCUGGAGGUGGAGCGACUUCGUGUCCAUGCCCUGCAAGCGGGGCAGAUCCAAGUCUCGCAGCUGCACGGCAGCCACAUCAAAGCAGACGAUCUGGAGUGCAAGUCCGGGCAACUGGUGGUCCAAAACAUUGAACUACCGCCGGGCUUCAUCGACGACAUAGUGGAGCGCGUGCGGGAGCAGCGACCCUCGCUACUUACCACCGAGACGCAGACUAGCCGCCAGGCCAGCAGCGAGCCGGCCACCUCGGAUGUGGAGCAGCCCGUGAAGCCGCCGCGCCAGAGCAAGGCCACCGAGCAGUCGCCUCCGAACUUAGACGAACAGACCCAGACAGAAGCCGGGUUGAUGCCACUGCCACCGCCACCAGCGGCAUAUCCCAGUGUGGAGUACUUGCAGUCCCUGGCACCGUUGGCCUUCUAUAAUCUCCAGCGCAGCGCUGAGGCCGAGCAGGCCGAGGCUGCAGCGCCAGAGCGCAAGGCGCCGCACAAGUGCCGGCGUCGCCAUGUCCAAGAGCAGGCCGAUGCCGAGUCGGGCUCUGAGCUAGAAGAUCAGCUGGUGGAAAGACCACGCUCACGCUCCUCGCGCCGCUCGCGCACCAGGAGCGCCACUCAGCCAGUAGAGGAGUACGACGAGGAUCAGCCCCGGACAGUGGUUCAGGCGGGACGGCAGUUCAUAUCCGCCUGCAGCCUGGAGCUGGUGAACAUCAUCAACCAGCUAACCCACUAUGUGCGCGGAGAGGCCAUGGAGCCGCAGCAGCAGCAACAGUCGAGGAACAUAUCCGCCCUCAUGGUGCUCUUCAUUCUGAUCACGUUCGGAGUGCUCGUCUUUCUGCUGACCGGUCGACAGGUGCACACACAUCACUGGGACUACUUCAAUCCACCCGGGAACGAGGGCAGGCAGACGUGAGAGCAGUGGAGAUCGAUAUCCCAUUAACCGUGGGCUUGUCACGAACACUAUCCUUGGGGGGAGUGGGGCGGGUUUGCAUUUUGCAUUUUGGAGCAGAGAAUUUUUGCUAAAUGGGUGAAAACAAACGAAUUUAAACGCGGCCAAGAGCCCGCUCGAAACUAGAAGGCCUUAAUGAUAUACAUACUAACAAAAAGAGAACUAGCAACUACUUUAGGAGAGGUGCGAUGAUGGCGAGGGGCGUUGCCCCCGUGCUACUACUAGUCACAGAACAAUCGAAACCCGGAAUCCCAGUUCAACAGACACUGACGGCACAUGCCCGUGCUAUACCAUAAACCAUGAAUCUUGUACUAACUAUAAAGAGAACUACUAUCUAUAAAGGGAAUAAUUUUUCAUCAUUGUCUACCAGUGCAGCAGAACAGAACAACAGAACAACAAGAACCAGAACCAGAACCAGCAGAAGCAACGAUUAUGUAUUAAUUAUGUACUUAACACACAUGCUAUGUAUGUACAUAGACUAUUUUUUUUGGUGGCUGCCUUAUGAUAUGGUGGGGCGGCGGCAGCAGCCCUAAACGCAAGGAAAUAAUUGGAAGAGAACUAAUCUAAUAACAAUGUUUUUUUUUUCUACCAGCGGCAGGGCGAUGGAGCGAAAGAGAUUCAAUUGUUGGAUUCAAAUUGUUGUUUAAUCUAGACCAAAGUGUAGGAAUUAAUAUAUAUAAAACAAAAAAAAAUUAUUUUUUUCAUUGAAUAUCACUUAAAAGUUAUAAUUUGAAAUGCGAAUACUUUGCCGAGGAGGAGAGCAGAGAAGAGGAGAGAACGUAUAUACUUAAAUAUAUAGAAGCGUAUUUUCAAUAAAGCAAAAUGAUAUACACAUAA